GCUGUACCAUUUGUCGUCUUUUAUUCUGUUCUCUGUGUGUCUCUGCUACCAGUUUUCCUGUUUCUAUAGUUUUAUGAACUUCUAUUUCGCCUUGCGAUGUCUACCAUGAAAUCUUCCUCCAAUCCAUUCCUCUCUCCACCCAUUUCCACCAAUCCCACUGGUGCUUCAGGGUUUUCAGCUUCUAUGGAAGGACCCUCUAGUUCUUCUGGACAGCCCCCCGUCCAACGUACUCCAGAGCCAGAGCCAAGGUCGCGGUCGGAUUCGUUAGGAAUCGAGGAAGACAUGCCACCAGCCUAUACCCCUUCCGCUGAUAUACAUCAGGGCGAGUCAACCGUUGACGUUGGCCCGCGAAGACCAUUCCAGCCACCCCCACAGCAUCCACAGCAAAACCCGAAUCAGCACAUCGCUCUCCAAGGGACUGGCUGGUCCCAGCCCCAACAAUCCUUCCAACAGCCCCCUCCCACAAUCUCUUACGCUCCCCCUCCGACUGCCUCCCGCUUUUCGGGUCAUGCAAGUUAUCAUCAAAGGAAUAUCAGCCUAGGAUCUCGUCGUCAAGGUGGUCUCCUAUCGAGAGCCCUUACGGAGAUUGUUCGAGACGUAGUUGACGUGAUAUCUGGUGUACCUGAAAAUCGACCAUAUCAGCAACAACAGGGAUACGUCCCUGCCAAUGCUUAUGCAACACCUUAUCCUCCAUCUACUGCUCACAGAAGUUCUUCUUCAAGAGACCUUUCUACCCGGAGACCGCAGCCUGCCAGUAACGUCCCAGACGAUGGGACUCCUACAACGACCCCUGUACCUGGUCAUCCACUCCUGCGGGACGGAAUGUUAUUGGUGUACACACAUGGAUAUAUUUGCGUAAAGUGUCGUAACACCGGUUAUAAAAAUUAUGAUCCUUCACACCCUUGCCGGAAAUGUUGGGAUAAAUUUGGCAAAUCUUAUACGGGUGCCUUGACCUACACCCCAUGGUCCAAUAAUCCAUCAUCUACUAGCACCAGUCGCAAUUCGUUUCAGCGUCCUCUCCCAUCAUUUACCCCGCCUCACAUGUCUACUUCAUCUUCUCGCAGUGUAUCUUCUGCAUAUCCUCCACCGCAGAAUGACCAUCAUCAACAAUCAUAUAAUCAACAGCAGCAGCAAUAUUAUGCUUAUAACCCCGUAGCGGGCUUACAUCCGCCCCCUGGUGCUAUCACUGUCAAACCGGGAGAUCCCCGUCUUGGAGGGUGUAUUUGUUGGAGAUGUGGCGGUUUGGGAAGUUUAUCUGUUUUGAUAAUCGACGUACGCCCCUGUCCUGUUUGUGCCGGCACCGGUAGAGUGCCCCAGUAGAGGAUGUUGGGGUGUUUAUGAUCGCAGAGCGGUGUUGCCAGGGCACAGUAGUAUUUAGCGAACAUCUACCCUCUUCAACUUAUUUUUCGAAUGUAAAUGUUAAUACGGACUAUGUUAUUUUUUUGAAUGUGCAGUUCAGUUAGACUU